AUGGCCUCCGCAACCCCGGCGGCAAAGCAAGCCGGCGGUCUCAACUCCGACACAAUCGAAUCCGUGCCCAAGACCGAACCAGCACCUGCUGGCGCAUUGAAAGAGAAGGCGGCUCAGUUUCUAGCAGCCCACGGAGGCGGCGAUACCUCGUUCACCUACGAAGAGGAGAAGGCUGUCUUGAAGAGAAUCAACCUCCGGGUCCUGCCCCUCGUUCUUGGGGCGUACUUCUUCCAGCAGCUCGACAAGAGUACUCUGAGUUAUGUCUCCGUCUUCGGGUUUCAGGAAGACGCGAACCUUCACGGCCGGCAGUACAGCUGGCUCGGCUCCAUCCUGUACAUCGCGCAACUUGUCUGGCAGCCCGCCGCCGCCUACAUCCUCGUCAAGCUGCCCAACGGAAAGGUCAUCGCCGCCGCCAUCUUCCUGUGGGGGUCCUCGCUGGCGAUCAUGACUUCCUGCACCAACUUCGGCGCCCUCCUCGGGCUUCGCUUCAUGCUUGGCACAUUUGAAGCCAUGAUUGCGCCGUCGUGCCUCGCCGUGACGACCACGUGGUGGAGGCGGAGCGAGCAGACGCUGGUGACCAGCUCCUGGAACGCCAUGAACGGCGUCACCUUCAUCAUCGGCAGCCUCUUCACCUACGGUCUCGGUCACAUUGAGAGCGACAAGCUCUACAAGUACCAAAUUAUCUUUCUGUUCUGCGGGCUGCUCACGGUGUCGUACGCGUUCGUCGUUCUUGUGUUGAUGCCUGACUCGCCCAUGUCAGCCAAGUAUUUGACAGAGAGGGAAAAGGUCAUCGCUGUCGAGCGGCUCCGGGCCAACCAGAUGGGCAUCCAGUCCGGGGUCUGGCGUUGGGAUCACGUCUGGGAGACAUUCGUCGACCUGAAGACGUGGUGUUGGUUCGUUAUAGUCAUCGCCAUUUCCAUUGCCAGCGGCGGCAUCUCGACCUUUGGUAACUUGAUAGUCAAGUCUUUCGGCUACAGCAGCUUUCAGACUAUUCUAUUCAACAUACCCUUUGGCGUCAUCCAGAUCAUCGCCAUCAUGGGCAGCGGCUGGAUUGCCACGCGGACUCAGAGGAAGGGUCUCGUCAUUGCUGGGAUUGCUAUCAUCCCCGCCAUCGGCACGGUCAUCAUGCUCACGGUGCCACGUCAGCAUAAGGGCGUUUUGCUCUUUGGAUACUACCUCGUUUCUGCUCUUGCGGCCAUCACCCCUCUCAUUUAUACAUGGCAAGCGCAGAACACUGCGGGCGACACCAAGAAGAAAACCACGUCUGCCGUUGUCUUCAUCGGCAUGUGCACUGGCAACAUCAUAGGCCCACUCCUAUACUCCGUCGAUGAUGCUCCGGUGUACCGUCCCGGCUUGAUUUCCAAUCUAGUCAUGUUCAUUCUCGUCGCCUUCAUGGGAGCCCUUCUUCCGUUGUAUCUCAAGUACCUUAAUGUCCAGCAUGCCAAACGCCGCGAGGCCCUCGGGAAGAGCAGCGACAUUGUAGACGAGUCGAUGAUGCGCAACAAGGACGGGAAGGAUAGCAAGGAGGUGGAGUUGGAAGAGGACCCCCAGAGGCAGCAACGCAAAGCUAUCGAGGAAGACCAUGGUUUACAGGAUAUGACCGACCUCAAGAAUGAGGACUUCAUCUUUGUUUACUAA